AUGAAGAUCACUGCUUUCUGGGUCUCCGUCACCCUAUCAGCUUCUCGGGCUCUGGCGGACUCCACUGAAUCUAAAGCAACGUCUACAAUGACCGCUACUGCUACUACUACCUCCACGGCGUCAAGCUGCACAGCUUCCCUCAUCACCAGCCUGUGCAGUUACCCAGAACCUGACUCGCAGUUUGCUGUCGCCAUCGAAAGCAAGGCUUCCUGCUGGGACUACUGCAACGCCCACCCUCCCUGCAGCUUUGAGAUCUUCGUUGCCGGCAACCCUACCCUGGGCACUGGCACGUGCUGGCUAUAUCCGGGCGAAACAUUCAAUGCAACUGAAGGAAGCUCGGACUGCAGCAACCCUUACCUCUCUGUCUACGAUCAGCCCGUGUGUUCUGGCGGGAGCGCAACCACCACUGGUGCCUGCACCGCUACGGCGACUCCCUCUGCCAUCGCUUCGGUUUGCGGGUACCCAACGCCCGAGAACAACUGCGAGGACGAUUGCUAUGCUAGUACCGGGGCAUCGAACUGCCUAAGUCUAUGUGUUGAGGCUGAUUCAUGCAGCUAUGCUGUCUUUAAUCCGCAUGAUUCAAGCUCGCAAUAUGCCUCGGGCUCUUGUUGGGUCUAUUCAAGCGGUACAUACAAUGCUGAUUCUGCGACCACCUGCAGUGGCGACCCAGAGCAGUUUGUGUACAAAAACCCCUGUCCUAAGCCGUCGUCUUCCACCUCCUCUUUGACACAGGCCCAGGAGCUCUCAGUUGCCACUGGGACAGCAGGUAAUACUACGGUGUCAGCUGCUAGCGCGGCUAUGGGCUCACCCACUACCAGCUCGAAUUCUGCACCUGCGGGUGUCUCAAUCGCCAGCCCAUGGGCUAUUGGCGUGGGUUCACUGAUAUGGCAUGCCCUUCAUUGA